AUGUCGUCAACCGCGAUGGCAAAAAAGAACAAGGGGAAGAAGACCGCCGAUCCAAAUGAGACUUCCAAGUUACUCGCUGCCAAGAUCUCUCAGUUGGAACAAGAUGCCGCCGGCGAGAAAGACCAAGAGGCGGAGAUUGAGCGCGAGGUCAAGAAAGCCACUCGGGAUCUCAACCAGCUGCUGAACAACAUCGAGUCGCCAAUGACCCGCCUGGAAACCGUCCAUAAGAAAUACACCGAACUGUUGGCAGAUAUGAAAAAGUUGGACCGGGAUUACUCCAAAAGCAAGAAGCGGGCCGAUCAACUACAGAAGGAUCAGGACAAGGGCAAGUCCGAUCUGAGCAAGACAGUCACUAUGAAAGAUAAGCUGGAAAAGCUGUGUCGGGAACUCACCAAGGAAAACAAGAAAGUAAAGGACAUGUCCGCUAAAACUGCACGCCAGGAUGAAAAUAAAAAAUUGGAGGAUACCGAAAAGAAGGCACGAUUGAUUGUCAACGAACGCCUGGAUUCGCUGCUUUAUGACAUUCAAGACGUCAUGGCUGCUAAGGGCAACCCGCGCAGUGAGAAGGUGGAUGUGGAUAUGGAUGAAGCAUUCCGUGUCAAGCUGAAGACCGUUAGCGACCAGUUCGAUUCGCGAGACUCGCAGUACCGAUCACUUCUCCGCAACAAGGAUUCGGAUAUACAAAGCCUUGCCUCUAGGCUCGAAGACCAGCGUCGUGCUGGGGAGGUUGAGUCGAACCGUUGCCGGGCUCUCACUUCACAAGUUUCCACUUUCACCCAUACGGAAGCCGAGUUGCGCAGUCAACUCAACAUCUACGUGGAAAAGUUCAAACAGGUACUCUUCCAGCCACUCCGAGGCUCCCAUAGUCCCCGUGGAUCCUUCAAUGGCAUUUCCCAUGCUAACACCGCCCAGGUUGAGGAUACUUUGAAUAACAGCAACGACCUUUUCCUGACGUUCCGCAAAGAAAUGGAAGAAAUGUCAAAGAAGACCAAACGCCUGGAGAAGGAAAACCAUACGCUGAAUCGAAAGCAUGAGCAGACUAAUCGGAACAUCCUGGAAAUGGCAGAGGAACGAACUCGGAACCACGAAGAGCUAGAAAGAUGGCGUCGCAAGUGCCACCAUUUGGAAGCUCUCUGCCGACGCAUGCAGGCCCAGGGCCGAGGCGAGGGCCUUGCUCUAGCGGAAGGCGAUGACCAUUUGGAAGGGGAUGACGAAGGCACUGAAAGUGAGUACGAUGAUGAUUAUGAGGAUGACGAAGACGGUAUUAGCGAAGAGGACGAGCCCGAACCCCCUCUGCUCCGCGUCAAUCAGCCCUCAGAGAAGCCCGUCUUCGGGCCAACUCCGCCACCCAAUCUACUGGAAGCCCGCGCCAAUGGCAACGCCGCGGUGUUAAAUGGCUGUCACUAA